GAGAUUCCGUUCGCCCUUUUUCUUCCCUCUUACUUCAUAUAUUCUCCUCUCUCUCACUUCACCUUUAAUCACUUAUACCCAAAUAUUCACAAUGGCUGCUCUGUUCUCCAACUCCGCUCGUGUUGCCCUUCGCUCGGGAGCUUCGGCUUCCUCCAAGGCUGGCGCUGCCGGCUUGACUUUUGCCCGCGGCAAGGCUACUCUGCCUGACCUGUCUUACGACUAUGGCGCUCUUGAGCCCUCUAUCUCCGGCAAGAUCAUGGAGCUGCACCACAAGAACCACCACAACACCUAUGUCACCAACUACAACAACGCAGUUGAGCAGCUCCAGGAGGCCCAGCAGAAGGGUGACAUCUCUGCCCAGAUUGCCCUGAAGCCCGCCAUCAACUUCAACGGCGGUGGCCACCUUAACCACUCUCUCUUCUGGGAGAACCUGGCUCCCAAGAACGCCGGCGGUGGUGAGGCCCCCUCCGGCUCUCUGGCCAAGGCUAUCGACUCCACCUACGGUAACCUCGACGGAUUCAAGGGCAAGAUGAACGCUGCUCUGGCUGGCAUCCAGGGCUCCGGCUGGGCUUGGCUCGUCAAGGACAAGCAGACCGGCCAGAUCGCCAUUCGCGCCUAUGCCAACCAGGACCCCGUCGUCGGCCAAUUCGAGCCUCUCCUUGGUAUUGACGCUUGGGAGCACGCCUACUACUUGCAAUACCAGAACCGCAAGGCCGAGUACUUCAGUGCUAUCUGGGAUGUGAUCAACUGGAAGGCCGUUGAGAAGCGCUUCUCUUAGAGUGAGGCCUUAUAUAGGGG